AUGAGGCGCUUUUCAGGAUUGCUCAUUGGAGAUAUGAGCAAAAGCAAUAUGUUAUUGCAAGUUUUAUUUUUCGAGUUGCAGCUAUGCGCUAUCACAGUGUCGCAAUCUUUAGCAAAUAAUUUCUUUGCAAAACCAAACACGAACGCGGGUAUUGUGACACGCAUCAACCAGAAAGGUCUUAACUUGUUGGCAGAUUAUCUGAAGGAACGCGUGAAUAGGUUCAUGCAUCACGGAGAAAUAACGUUCAAUUUUUCUGCCCCACUCACGGACGAGGUAACAUUUGGUCUCAUUUCAACAAAAGCUAUUAAAUAUGAUUCAGAAAUAUUCAAAUCGCAGUUAGUUACUAUUCCCGGACAAGGCCUCUUAUGGACUGGCUCCAAUUUAAAUUUGUCUAUUGGGACAUUUUUCAAAUUUUCCACUUCAAAUGACGAGUUUUAUGGCUCUGCUACCCUUCAAAUCAAAAACGCAAAAGUAAGAUCAUACUUUGCGGCUGCAAUCAAUUUUGAUGGCCAUCUGAGGACGGAUUUACAGAAAUGCUCACUUUCUCUCGGUAAUAUUGUAAUGAACUUUAGCGAGGCAGAUCCACUGUUAUUAUCUAAUUAUUAUUCUCAAAUUGAUCAAUUCAUCGGAGAAAGAAUUGAAAUGAUAAUUUGUUCAAGUUUUAAUACUGAACUUGUGCCCAUUAUCUCAAAUCGUUUACUCAAUACACCGAUGAGUGGUGCUUUAUUUGAUCGGUAUUUCUUGAAUUACGGUCUCAUUGAGCAUGUACAAUAUUUGCAAAAUGCAAUAGAAUUAAAGCAUCGAGGAAAUGUAUUUGGUAUAGCAAAACAGAGUAAAAAGAGAUUUAAUGAUUUUCGAUUACCAUUUUCAUCGCCACAAAUAAAAAUCAGUAAUCAAGAAGAAAACCAAGCAAUGCUUGAGUUUACUAUGUCUAAUUAUUCGAUUAGUACUUUGCUUUACUGGAUGGAUCAGCAUCAGAAGUUUGACUUUGACAUAAGUAAAAAGAGCAUCUCUGAUAGUAUGGUUGGAUAUCUGAGGACUGAGUGCAGUGCCGAGGAUAUCUGUGCAGGAACUCUGUUCCCAGCUUUAAGCGCUGAAUAUCCCGAUGGUAUGGUGGCGAUAAAGUCGCAUACAACUACAUAUCCAAGAGUUCGUCUAGAAAAAACUGGAGGAGUAAUAGUGUUGUGGAGCCAAGUGGAUUCUUUCGUGCAACAACACGAAAGUACGCAUCGAUUUCUCACGGCAAGUAUGAUGGUUGAAUUCAAGUUAGAAAAAGUAAAGUUCCACAACUACUCAAUUACGUCUCAAUUACGUGUUCAAAAAUUCAAAGUUUUUGAUGUUGCAAGUCUUGUUGAGGGAAUCGAUGCGAUAAGUCUCGAAUUUCUUGUCACUGCUCUUAGUGAAAUAAUAUUUGGUGAUAAUGUGACCAAGAAACUUUUUGGUGGUCUCAAAUUACCCAUUUUGUUUGAUUUUGCCCAAAAAUCAGUAGAUAUUAUAUUUGACACUGACAAAAUAAGGAUAGCUGUUGAUUUCUGCUUCGAUCAAGGUUGUGAUUCAGAUGAAGGCAAGGAAAACAAAGAUUUUGAUUAUUAUGACAGUAUCAACAACUCGUCAUCAUCACAACCGUAA